AAUAACUAAAACAAAAAAAUGGCAGCAAACGGGGGAAGAAGGAAGAGCGUGAGCGGAAGCGUGGUGAAGCCGCCACCACCACCAAAGCUAGCGAAGGAGUCACUGCAUAGGACACUAUCAGACAUAUCGUUGGAUUUCAAAAGAGGAGGAGGAUUAGGAGGAGAAGAAGGGAAAGGGCUGGUGGCGAUAGCGGAGGUGGAGAAGGCAAAGUGCGAGUGCUGCGGGAUGAGGGAGGAGUGCACGAUGGAGUACAUAGAGAGGGUGAGAGAGAAGUUCUUGGGAAGGUGGAUAUGCGGUCUCUGCUCAGAGGCGGUCAAGGAGGAGAGGGAGAAGAAGGAGGAGAAUGGGCUCGAAGGGGCCUUGAAGGAGCACAUGAGCGCCUGCCUCAGGUUCAACAAGCUUGGGAGGGAGUAUCCUGCUCUCUUCCAAGCCGAGGCCAUGAGAGAUAUGCUCAGGAGAAGCACCAGGGGCCAGUCUAUUAGCCCUCAACCCACCUCUACUUCUCUUCACAAUAAGCCCGCCAUUUCCCGCACUUCAAGCUGUAUUCCUGCCAUCACCAGGGACCUUCAUUGAUUAUUAACCCUUUCAUUUUACACACUCUCUCUCUUUCGCAAUAUAUAUAUGUAUAAUUAGCACUUGCUUUGUCUAAUACUAUAAUCAUAACGUUUAAUUUAGUAGUCCCUAAUAAUAAA